CGGGAUGAUGCUGGACAACAACGCGAGCUGCCCGGAUUGCCGCUUCCACCCUGAGGCGCGCCACUCCCUGGCGGCCGUGCUCAUUUUCACGAUCGUCGUGGACAUCCUGGGGAACGUCCUGGUGAUCAUGUCUGUGCUGAGGAACCGCAAGCUCCGCAACGCCGGCAAUAUCUUUGUGGUCAGCCUGUCUGUGGCAGACCUUGUGGUGGCUGUCUAUCCCUACCCUCUUAUAUUGACCGCCAUCUUCCACAAUGAAUGGACCAUGGGUGACAUCCACUGCCAGAUCAGUGGCUUCCUCAUGGGUCUCAGCGUGAUUGGCUCCAUCUUCAACAUCACAGCCAUCGCCAUCAACAGGUACUGCUACAUUUGCCACAGCCUCCGGUACGACAAGCUCUUCAACCUGAAGAACACCUGUGGCUACCUUUGCCUGACGUGGCUGCUGACCCUGGUGGCUAUCCUGCCAAACUUUUUUGUGGGCUCCCUGCAGUACGACCAGAGGAUUUAUUCCUGCACUUUCGCUCAGACGGUGAGCAUGUCAUACACCAUCACCGUGGUGGUGGUCCAUUUCAUCAUCCCUCUCUCCAUCGUGACCUUCUGCUACCUUCGGAUCUGGAUCCUCGUGAUCCAGGUCAAGCACCGGGUGAGGCAAGACUGCAAGCAGAAAGUGCGUACAGCUGACGUGCGGAACUUCCUGACCAUGUUUGUGGUCUUUGUCCUGUUUGCAGUGUGCUGGGGGCCGUUAAACUUCAUUGGCCUGGCGGUCUCCAUCAACCCUUCGAAGAUCAUCCCACAGAUUCCAGAGUGGCUUUUUGUGGUGAGCUACUUCAUGGCUUACUUUAACAGCUGCCUCAAUGCCGUGAUAUAUGGCCUUCUCAACCAGAAUUUCCGGAAGGAGUACAAGAGAAUCCUCCUUGGCCUCUGGACUCCACGCCUGCUCUUUAUCGACGGCUCGAAAGGUGGGACGGAGGGGGUUAAAAGCAAGCCAUCCCCGGCCGCAACAAACAACAACCAGGCUGAAAUCUUAUUGUAAAUAGAAGCACUAUUUAUUCCGCUGUGUCCAUAUGCACUAUGUAAAGCUCAUCUUCUACAUGCUAUCACAAGGGCCAAAUUUGACUCGUAUAAAUGAUUCCACCACCUUCUCUCUCAUUCUUGCUCUCUCUCCAAACAAUGGGCUUGUUAUUAUGCUUCGUGAGAGUUGGCUUAUGGUUUCCUAGGUUCUGCUGAGAAAGAGCAUACACUUUUGAAGCAAGAAGCCUUCUUUGGCCACCAGCUUACAAGGUUGCCUUGGGGCAACUGCCUUAAGCUCAACUGGACCCUUUUAUCCAGGCCAGGACUCUCUGCUCUGGCUGACCAAACUCUACAGCAUCUCGGGCCAAGAGGUCUAUCCCACCCUUUCAGCAAACGAUGCCUGGGAUUGAACCUUUUGCAUGCAGUGCAUGUGCUCUGCCACUGACCUGUGGGUUUAUCCUCUC